UGUCAUAUCAUCUAAAAGAGAAGUACGUAAAAUAAUAGGUCAAAAUGAAAAUACAUUAUAGUAUUACCCUAUUGUUAUUUGUGAUUAGAGUGGUAAGCAUAACGACGUUUAUGUGUGUUGAUAAUAUUGCGCCAGCGGCAGGGCGGGGGAUGAAUGGAACUGCUGAAGUAGAAGAUGAGCAUGCUUCCAAUUCCAUAGCCGCUGCAUCUAAUUGGACACAGCUGCAGCCUUCUCCAUCAUCAUCAUCCUCGUCUGAUCAUGGUGGUUAUAAGACGAGUUCCGGAGCAACAACAUCUCGCCUAAUUUUACUCUGUAUAUGUCUAGGUAUCGGGAUCAUUGCAGGGUUUGUGAUUUGUUGGUGUACAAACUGGUGCAGGGCCUGCAGGCGGUGAACGACGACGACUUAUGAGGAGUUAUACGUGUAAUUAGAAUUGGUUUUAUUUUUGCUUCUUCUUUCUUAAAAGCAAGAGUGAAAUUAGAAUUGGGAAAAGUUUCCUAGAAACUGAUUUUCUCGAUCUAACUUCUAAAAACGGCUUUAGAAGCAACUUAGGGGGAGCACUUAAAUACUUCUGCCUUUAACUCAAACACUCUGUAUCUGAUUCUACUUCCUAAAUGAGCAGAAGUAAAGUUUCAAUUUUAAGAAGUAAAUCCGAAC